AUGGUUUCGACUCAUAACCGUGACAAGCCCUGGGAUACUGCUGACAUAGAUAAGUGGGCACUUGAAGAAUUCAAGCCCGAGCACAAUGCCUCAGGACAGCAUUUCACUGAGGAGUCAAGUUUUAUGACUCUUUUCCCUAAGUACAGAGAGCAAUAUUUACGUAGUAUAUGGGCAGAUGUCACAAAGUCUCUUGAGAAGCAUUUUAUCAAGUGUGAGCUAGACUUGGUGGAGGGUGCUAUGACUGUAAAGACCACUACCAAGACGUUUGAUCCGGCUAUAAUUUUAAAAGCCAGAGACUUGAUCAAAUUGUUAGCACGUUCUGUGCCUUUUCCACAAGCUGUUAAGAUUUUGCAAGAUGACAUUGCCUGUGAUGUAAUCAAGAUCGGUAACUUUGUAGCUAACAAGGAUCGUUUUAUAAAAAGAAGACAGAGAUUGGUGGGACCUAAUGGGAACACCUUGAAAGCAUUGGAAUUGCUUACGAAGUGCUAUAUUUUGGUCCAGGGAAAUACUGUGAGUGCCAUGGGUCCAUUCAAGGGUUUGAAGGAAGUCAGAAGAGUAGUUGAGGAUUGUAUGAGAAAUGUGCAUCCUAUCUAUUACAUCAAAGAGCUUAUGAUUAAGCAAGAGUUGAGCAAGAAGCCUGAGUUGGCCGAGGAAGACUGGUCGAGAUUCUUGCCUUCUUUCAAGAAGAGAAAUGUUGCCCGUAAGAAGGCCAAGUCGUCCAAGAGAGAGAAGAAGGUGUACACUCCAUUCCCACCAGCACAAACUCCACGUAAGGUUGAUUUGCAAGUGGAAAGUGGUGAGUACUUCUUGGGCAAGAAGGAAAAGGCAAUGAAGAAGUUGAAGGAAAAGAGGGAAAAGCAAGAAGAAGCAUCUGUGGCUAGAAAGCAAGAGAGAGAGAAGGAUUACGUAGCCCCAGAAGAAGAAAAGUACGAGAACAAGCUUGCCAAGAAGGAGAAGAAGGAGAAGAAGGAAAAGAAGGAAAAGAAGGAAAAGAAGGAAAAGAAGGAAAAGAAGAAGAGAUCCGCCAGCGAGGAAGAAGAAAGGGGUUCUAAGAAGUCCAAACAUGCAUAA